CAACAAGAAAGAUAAAGUUAGUUUAAUGUUAUGUUUAGUGAGAGAAAGAGAAAACUAGCCGUUAAGAAGCGCCUCUGACCAUUUACAAACAUGUAAGUUUAUCUCAGAUUUUUCUCUCUUUCAUCACGUGCACUGCCACCAUAGCAAAUCAUACCCCUUAAAACUACAAAACCCUCAUCUUUGUCCUGUUUUAUCCUUCAAUUUCUAGUCAUGUUUUUCAAAUUUUCACAUUCAAACCCAUAAACCCACAAAAAAAUUCAAAAUUAGGGUUAAACCCAUUUGAUAAAAUGUCACAAAAAGCUCAAAAAAAGAAGGGAAAAUGGAAAAAUCACUCAAAUGAAAAAAACCCAUUUGCUAAUUUUGGGUUUAAGUACAAAAAGUUUCUAUUUUUAGUUCAAUUGUUGAUGUUCUUUUGUCAAAAUGUAUCGAGUCAAGAAGGGUGGGAUGGUGUAGUUAUAACUCAAGCUGAUUAUCAAGGUUUACAAGCAUUUAAAAAUGAGUUAAUUGAUCCAAAAGGGUACUUAAAAAGUUGGAAUGGUAGUGGAUUUGGUGCUUGUUCUGGUGGGUGGGUAGGAAUUAAGUGUGCACAAGGUCAAGUUAUUGUAAUUCAGCUUCCUUGGAAAAGUUUAGGGGGUAGGAUUAGUGAAAAAAUUAGCCAAUUUCAAGCACUUAGGAAACUUAGUCUUCAUGAUAAUCUCAUAGGAGGUUCAAUCCCAUCUUCUUUAGGUCUAAUUCCUAAUCUUAGAGGUGUUCAACUCUUCAAUAAUCGGUUUUCGGGCUUGAUUCCACCUUCAUUAGGCCAAUGUCAUUUGCUUCAAACCCUUGAUCUAAGCCAUAAUUUUCUCAAUGGACCUAUCCCACCUAGUAUAGCUAAUUCUACCAAGCUUUAUUGGGUUAAUUUGAGCUAUAAUUCCUUGCAAGGAUCGAUACCGAAUGAGUUAACUCGAUCGAGUAGACUCACUCUGCUUGCACUUCAACACAAUAACCUAUCUGGGUCUUUACCCAUGAAUUUGGGAAAACUUUCUAGUCUUAAGACAUUGGAUUUGUCAUAUAAUUUCAUUCGGGGUAGUAUCCCAAAUGGUAUCUCAAAUUUGUCCUCUUUAAACACAUUGAACCUAGAAAACAACAAUCUUGUAGGACUUUUGCCUGAAAAUAUAGGUAAUCUUAACAAUUUGUCUAUGCUUAACCUUAGGAAGAAUCAUAUUGAUGGGCAAAUUCCUCUAUCAAUUGGUAAUAUUUCGACCCUCGAACGACUUGAUUUAUCCCUUAAUGACUUCAAUGGAGAAAUCCCAGAUAGAAUUUCUGAUUUAUCAAGCCUUAAUUUCUUGAAUGUCUCAUAUAACAAUCUUUCUGGUUCAGUUCCUGUUAAGCUAACCCAAAAGUUCAAUUCAAGCUCUUUCAUUGGGAAUCUCCAAUUAUGUGGUUUUAGUCUUUCAUCUCUAUGCCCCACACAAGCCCCAUCGCCUUCCGAAUUACCAGAACAAGCGAAAAAAGGUCGAAAAAUGGGUAUCAAAGACAUAAUUCUGAUUGCUGCUGGAAUUCUUCUUUUGGUCAUGCUCAUACUUUGUUGCAUAUUACUCUUCUGCUUGAUCAGGAAAAGGGCUGAGUCGAAAGGAGAGCGGGCUGCAGGGCGGGCCCCACAAGCCGAGAAGGGAGGCCCAUCAGGAGGCGCUCCGGAAGUCGAAGCAGGUGAAAAUGGUGGGAAAUUGGUGCACUUUGAUGGGCCAAUGGUGUUUACAGCAGAUGAUCUUUUGUGUGCAACUGCUGAGAUUAUAGGGAAAAGCACAUAUGGAACAGUUUAUAAGGCUAUAUUAGAGGAUGGAAGUCAAGUAGCGGUUAAGAGACUUAGAGAAAAGAUCACUAGGGGAGAAAAGGAAUUUGAAGCUGAAGUUAAUGUGCUUGGAAAGAUCAGACACCCAAAUCUUUUGGCAUUGAGGGCUUAUUACAUCGGGCCUAAAGGAGAAAAGCUUCUUGUCUUUGAUUACAUUCCUAAAGGAAGCCUUGCCACUUUCUUACAUGCCCGAGCACCAGACACGCGUGUAGAUUGGCCGACUAGAAUGAGAGUAAUACAAGGAAUAGCAAGAGGGCUUUUCCACCUUCACAACAAUGAGAAUAUAAUCCAUGGCAAUCUAACAUCAAGCAAUGUCCUCAUUGAUGCAAACGACAAUGCCAAGGUCUCAGAUUAUGGUCUGUCAAGACUAAUGACAGGAUCUGCAGCAGGAAAUGUGAUAGCUGCAGCAGGCGCACUAGGGUAUCGAGCCCCAGAGCUGUCGAAGCUCAAGAAGGCGAAUAUGAAAACCGAUGUGUACAGUUUAGGAGUGAUUAUCUUGGAACUAUUGACCGGGAAAUCACCGGGAGAAGCAAUGAACGGUGUAGAUUUACCGCAGUGGGUGGCUUCGGUUGUGAAAGAAGAGUGGACUAAUGAGGUUUUUGACAUGGAGUUGAUGAAGGAUGCAUCGACGAUUGGCGAUGAGUUGCUCAACACAUUGAAGUUGGGCUUGCAUUGUGUUGAUCCGUCGCCUGCUUCAAGGCCCGAGAUUCAGCAAGUGUUGCAGCAGUUAGAGGAGAUCAGAGCAGCAGCCGAUUCGGCUCCAACUUCUGAAGAUCCAUCUGCUAGUGAAUGAGAAAGUUUCUUUUAGGAUAUUUGGUGUUUUGGGUUAAUUAUCUUGAUAAUCUAGAGCUAAUUAUGAUUUGUAAAUAGAGUUUUUAAUUUGUAUUAGGUGUUUUUGAAUAAUUUUGAUUGUGAUUUGUUAUUUUCUUGUUCCCUUACACACUAGGAACAAGAGAAUUUUGUUUUUGUUCAAGCAAAGUCCAUUCUUUUAGACUUUACAUUUCUCAUUCUUUUUGGUUUAGUACUUUAUUUUGUUUUUGCUUUCAACAAGAGUAAGCCAAGGAUUUUGAUACAAGGAAUUAGCAAUUACA